UAAACUAUGAAGUGGGUUUGGGCUCCUGAAAUCUGGCCUGAUCAUGUACGUUUAAUCCUUUUCAAAAAACGAUACAUUUUGCUGAAGCCAGUAGUGCAUCCUCUCCUAUCAUCGGCUCUGUUUUCAGUCUCCGGGCAAUAUGGCAAUCUCCUCUCUGCGAUUGCCGCUCUCUCCAUGGCUCGUCAAAAACCCAAGACAAACCUCUUUCAAAUCUCUCCUAAUGCCAAUAUUUCCAUCGAAACUGAGCCUGUUAUGCUGUUUUUGUGGUUCUUCGCUUCGAUCUCCACUAUCCACUUCUCAUGCGUUGAACCAGUCCGAGAAAUGGCAACCCUUUCGCAAGAAAAAGGUGGUUCUGCGGGUUGGCUACGUGGGUACUGACUACAGAGGUCUCCAAAAGCAACAAGAUGAACAUUCGUUGUCGACUAUUGAAGCAGAAUUAGAACACGCCAUAUUUAAGGCUGGCGGAAUUCUUGAUAGUAAUUAUGGAAAUUUGCAAAAAAUUGCCUGGGCUAGAAGCAGCCGCACUGAUAAAGGAGUUCACUCAUUGGCAACAAUGAUAACAAUGAAGAUGGAGAUACCUGAAAAUGCUUGGAAGGAAGACCCUUAUGGCAUUGCCCUUGCGGAACAUGUUAAUAAUUAUCUUCCUGAUACUAUCAGAAUUUUCAGCAUUUUGCCCUCACAGAAGAGCUUUGAUCCUAGAAGAGAGUGUGACCUACGGAAAUAUUCCUACCUCCUUCCUGCUGAAAUUAUUGGGAUCAAAAGUCACUUUACCACCGCUGAAAUUGAUAAUCACUUAUCAGACUUCAAUGAUAUAUUAAAUGCCUUUGAGAAUUUUUCGUUGAUACUUGCGGGUUCAAAAAUAAGGAGCUUUGAUCCUAGAAGAGAGUGUGACCUACGGAAAUAUUCCUACCUCCUUCCUGCUGAAAUUAUUGGGAUCAAAAGUCACUUUACCACCGCUGAAAUUGAUAAUCACUUAUCAGACUUCAAUGAUAUAUUAAAUGCCUUUGAGGGGGAACAUCCCUUUCAUAAUUAUACAAUACGGUCCAAGUACAGGAAACAAUUUCCCACCCCAAAAAUUGGGCGUGUUUCAAAGAGACCAAGAUCAUCUGGUGAGAUAUCAGCCUCUGAAAUUGAGGAAAGUGAUCAAGAAGAAAAUUAUGGCGUUGAUCGAAUGAUUAAAUUGGAUCACAUGGAACCAACUAAAAAUUCUAUGGAAUCCACUCAAAAUUCUAUGGAAUCCAGCUUCUAUAAUCGGAAUGGGAGUGUUCUGAAGGACCAAAAAUCAAAUGCAGUUAACCGUGCCAGAUGGCUACAUGAACCUGAUGAGACUGAUAGAAUAGGUGCUUCCCAUUUCAGAAAGAUUUUUCGCUGUUCUUGUGGAAAGCUGGAGAAAUCAGUGGGAUUUGAUUUUGUUGAAAUUUCUAUAUGGGGAGAGUCUUUCAUGUUACAUCAGAUCCGCAAAAUGGUUGCGACUGCUGUGGCUGUAAAGCGCAAGUUACUCCCAAGAGAUAUUUUAACAUUGUCACUAGCAAAGUUCUCAAGGAUUGUCCUACCACUUGCUCCGUCUGAAGUUCUGAUUUUGAGAAGCAACAGUUUUUUAUUUAGAACAAGACCCGGCGUAGGAUCACGACCUGAGAUGCUUACAAUGGUUGAAUCAGAAGAAAUUCUCAAGGUAGUCAAUGAUUUCUAUAUUAAUGUAAUGCUGCCUCAAGUGUCAAAGUUCCUGGACCCUUGUGGCUUCCCUUGGAAGGAAUGGGUUGAGAAAUUGGAUGAGCACACUAGCAUUCCAGAUGCAGAAUUGGAUGAAGUCAGGAGUGCUUGGAAAGUGUGGAAAGAAAAACUUCAGAGUAGAACCAGCGUUGCAUCAGUCAUAAAUUGGUGAAACAAGGUAGAUUUUCAACUCUUAUUGAAAGAUUUACCAUAUAUUCAUCACCUGGAUUGUUAUUUUACAUAGUCGGGCAAAGUUUCUGAACAGCUAGUACCUGCUCUUUGCUGUGUGUGGAUUAGCCAUGGUGACUGUUCUUGCACAAAGCAGUAAAAACCAUAUGCUGAUUUGCGUGUACUACAUCCGUCAUGAUGCAAUCUGCUGCUCUGUGAUUGGCCAUGAGCAAACCAGGGCAAAACUUCGCAUCUACUUGUAAAUCAACUAGAUGGUUGAAUACUAAUGAUGUAGCUUUGUGCUGGUGGCUGAGGAAUGCUGCAAGAAAUCAGGCUUUAUGUUAUUGAAUUGGCUGAUGAUUACUAGGUUAGAUGCAUGCUCACAAUGUGGAAGCUACUGAGUUCAUAUGGUCAAAUGGUUAGUUAAGAGUUGGAACAUAUCAAGUCCAGAGGGACCCUCUCAGGAGCUGAUGAGUGAAAAUCUCUUGGUAGCAACAGCAUCUUAAUGAUCUAAUUGUAUAGCAUCUUAAUGAUCUAAUUGUAGUGCAUGUUUAAUUUAUCUUGGAUUGUAAUGUUCACAAGAAAACCACUCCUGUUGUAUCACUAUGAUAGGCUUAAAGCAAUUUUCAUCUUUCCAUGCAUCACAUAGACCUAAAUGUUUGAAAUUGUAUCCAACUCAUUGUAUAAUGGAAAUCCAGGUCUCGAUUUGAU